AUCACAAAAGUAGCAAAAAUCGAAAAUAAAAAAAACUUAGUAGCGAACGAACGAACCCGCCCACUCAUUUAGUUUCCAGAUUUUUCUUCCGGAUCUCUCUGCUCUCCGAAUCUCCCGAGUUUUUUUUUUUUAAUUUUUGUUUCUCACCGGCGGCGAGAGGAUAUGGUGGUGAUUCACGGAGUGUCUCUUACUCCACGCUUCACUCUUCCUUCUCGACCUCUCAACACUGGCUUUAAUGCCGGCAAUUCCACCCUCUCUUUCUUCUUCAAAAAGCACCCUCUCUCUCGGAAGAUCUUUGCUGGGAAACAAUCUGCGGAGUUUGAUUCUUCGUCACAAGCUAUCUCUGCUUCUGAGAAAGUCUUAGUACCUGAUAAUCUUGAUGAUGAUCCCAGAGGUUUUUCACAGAUAUUUGAUCUAGAAAGUCAAACAAUGGAAUAUACUGAGGCAGUAAGAACAGAAGACCAAACAAUGAACGUUGUCAAGGAGAGAGGGGUGAAACCAAGAAUAGUUCCCCCACCGGGUGAUGGCAAGAAAAUUUAUGAGAUAGACCCCAUGUUACGAACUUACAACAAUCAUCUUGAUUACCGUUAUGGACAGUAUAAAAGAUUGCGUGAGGAAAUAGACAAGUAUGAGGGUGGUCUUGAGGCAUUCUCUCGUGGCUAUGAAAAGUUAGGAUUUUCGCGCAGUGAUGCCGGUAUAACUUAUAGAGAGUGGGCGCCUGGAGCUAAGGCUGCAUCACUUAUCGGAGAUUUCAACAACUGGAAUUCUAAUGCAGAUAUCAUGACUCGGAAUGAAUUUGGUGUUUGGGAGAUCUUUUUGCCCAACAACACUGAUGGUUCGCCUGCAAUUCCUCAUGGCUCACGUGUAAAGAUUCGUAUGGAUACUCCAUCUGGCAUUAAAGACUCAAUUCCUGCUUGGAUCAAGUUCUCGGUGCAAGCUCCAGGUGAAAUCCCAUUCAAUGGCAUAUACUAUGAUCCUCCAGAAGAGGAGAAGUAUGUAUUCAAACAUCCUCAACCAAAGAGACCUAAGUCGCUAAGGAUUUAUGAAGCACAUGUUGGCAUGAGUAGCACGGAACCAAUGGUCAAUACGUAUGCUAACUUUAGAGAUGAUGUUCUUCCCCGCAUCAAAAAGCUUGGAUAUAAUGCUGUUCAAAUUAUGGCCAUACAAGAACAUUCAUAUUAUGCCAGCUUUGGGUACCAUGUCACAAACUUUUUUGCCCCAAGCAGUCGCUGUGGGACCCCAGAGGAACUAAAAUCACUGAUAGAUAGAGCUCACGAGUUAGGCCUGGUAGUUCUGAUGGAUAUCGUUCAUAGCCAUGCUUCAAAAAACACAUUGGAUGGACUGAACAUGUUUGAUGGAACUGAUGCUCACUAUUUUCACUCUGGACCUCGGGGAUACCAUUGGAUGUGGGAUUCACGACUUUUCAAUUAUGGGAGCUGGGAAGUAUUACGAUAUCUCCUUUCAAAUGCACGGUGGUGGCUAGAAGAAUACAAGUUUGAUGGAUUUAGAUUUGAUGGUGUAACCUCAAUGAUGUAUACUCAUCAUGGACUCUCGGUUGGAUUUACUGGGAACUACACCGAAUACUUUGGAUUGGAAACUGAUGUGGAUGCUGUGAAUUAUCUCAUGCUGGUUAAUGAUAUGAUUCAUGGGCUCUACCCUGAAGCGAUUACCGUUGGUGAAGAUGUUAGUGGUAUGCCAACAUUCUGUAUUCCUGUCCAAGAUGGUGGCGUUGGAUUUGACUACCGUUUACACAUGGCCAUAGCUGAUAAGUGGAUAGAAAUGCUCAAGAAGAGAGAUGAAGACUGGCAAAUGGGCGACAUCAUUUACACACUUACCAACAGAAGGUGGUCAGAGAAGUGUAUCUCUUAUGCUGAAAGUCACGAUCAAGCUCUUGUUGGUGAUAAAACAAUUGCCUUCUGGUUAAUGGACAAGGAUAUGUAUGAUUUCAUGGCAGUAGACAGACCAUCAACUCCUCUUAUCGAUAGAGGAAUAGCUUUGCACAAAAUGAUUAGGCUUAUAACUAUGGGAUUAGGCGGUGAAGGUUACUUAAAUUUUAUGGGAAACGAAUUCGGACAUCCAGAAUGGAUUGAUUUUCCCAGAGGCGAGCAGCGUCUUUCUGAUGGUAGCGUGAUUCCUGGCAACAAUUUCAGUUAUGACAAAUGCCGCCGCAGAUUUGAUCUUGGGGAUGCAGAUUAUCUCAGAUACCGCGGACUACAAGAAUUUGAUCAGGCAAUGCAACAUCUUGAAGAGAAUUACGGUUUUAUGACUUCGGAGCACCAAUUCAUAUCACGAAAAGACGAAGCAGAUAGAGUAAUCGUAUUCGAAAGAGGUGAUCUCGUCUUUGUCUUUAACUUUCACUGGACCAGCAGCUACUUUGAUUACCGCAUUGGUUGCUCCAAGCCUGGAAAAUAUAAGAUCGUAUUGGACUCGGACGAUCCUCUCUUUGGUGGAUUCAAUAGGCUCGAUCGCAAGGCAGAGUACUUCACUUAUGAUGGCUUAUACGACGAACGACCCUGCUCCUUCAUGGUCUAUGCACCGUGUAGAACCGCCGUGGUUUAUGCUUUAGCAAACCACGAUUAGAACUUUCAGACUUUGGAUCCAAUAUCAUAAUCAAGGAAGAGUGUGUGAAAAAAUGUUUUUCCUUCAUUAGAGUGAAGUAAAGAAUCUGGUAACGAAAAAAAUGUCUGUGUAUACAAGAUCACCGAAAAUGUAAAGAAUCUGGUAAUGGAAAAUAUCUAAAACAUUAAACCAGAAAUGUAGCACUUGAUUAAAAACCAAUUACAACAACCGAAAUAAACCGAUAAUAAACGCC